AUGGACCCACAUCAAAUAUGUAAGUAAUUGCAAGAAGAGUAUUUUAAAGAGAACGACGCUCUGAGAAAUCGUGUGUCUGAGAUGGAGGCCAAGAAUGCUGAAUAUCAGGAUUAGAUUGAAGGAUUGAAAUAAACGAUUGAAGAGAAGGAUGCCAAAAUCAAACAAUUAGAGGACACAUUGGCUAAUAUACAAAAUAAGCCAAUCAAAAAAACCAUUUAAAAGAAGAAAGAUAAGAAGUCAACUAAAAAACCUUAAUCAGCUAUCGUUAAGCUCAAAUCAGAGCCUUCAGAUCCUCGUUCUUCUUUUUCUCACUUAAUGGUGUCUCCCAAACUCAUCAGACCUCCACAGACUCCUCAACAAUUUCACUUGGAUCAGGAAACUCUCUACAUGAACAACCUGCAUUAGAAGUAGGAGACGAAUGAAAUCAAAUUCCAGAAUCUCAAACUCAGAACUCUUGUCUAACAAUUACAGGCACGUAUUUCUCAAAUUGAAAGAGUAGAUCGACAUCAAUUCUAAGUGGACCCAUUGGGAAUGUCUACUAACAAUGCAGAAGGCAGCAUAGUUCCCAUGCUCAAAGCCAAAAUUAAACAAUAAGCUCAAACAAUCGAAGAAUUGACUGCAGAUCUACGUACUUAAUGUAAAUCAGUAAAACUCACCUAAAUACUGGAAUUGCAGAAACAGAUCAAGAAUCAAUAAGAUGAAAUCAUCAAACUGAGAUAGUUUUAAUAAAUUGCUCUCAAAAUCACAGAUCAAGACUUGUUCAAUGACCCUGACAUUGCUGAGCGCCUUGAAAAUUACCUCAAAACCAUAGAUGCACAAUAAAUUCGCAUCGAUCAAUUGUUUAAGCAGAAUAAGAAACUCAGUUAAGAACAUUAAGACUUAUUAGAUAAAACUAACAAACUCUAAGAAGAAUGCAAAUAAAUUGGUUUAGAUAGGACACAACUCAAGAAGAAACUAGAUGAACAGCUCAUUACUGAAACUGAAUAAUAUUAACAAAAGAAAAGAGAGUUUCUUGAAAAUAAAUUACAGAGUGUACUCAAAUAAGUUGAUGCCUUGAAAGGAGAACUCUCCCUCUAUGAGAAUAAAUAUAAACAAUCUACUAAGUUACAAUAGGAUCAAGAGAGAGAAUUCAAAUAAACAAUUAUGAAAGCUCAAAAAAAUAAAUAACAUUUAGAAGAACUCAUCCAAAAGAAAGAACAAUUAAUUUAGGACUUACAAGAUAGAGUGGCAAUCUAAGAUUUACUCAAACAAAAAUCAGCUAAUGAAGAACCAGUGGUUAAAUUUGUCUAACCUCCAAAAACCUAUCGUGAUCAAAACUUCCAAUUCCCUGAACCAUCUAUCCCAUAACAUAAACCUACCGAUAUCAUUAAUACCAUUCCUAUCGACUAAGAACGGCUUCAACAAUUAUUGGAAGAUCUCAAAUACAAAGUGAUAUCUCUAUGUUUAACUCGUCAAAGACUGCUUCAUAUCUUCAAUUAUAUAGAGUUCAUGUAAUUAAAGGAUUCAGUCCAUUAUUUCAUGGGAUCUCCCUUCAAUUAUCUAGAAAAAGAUGCUCUCAUUUUAAGUCGAUAUUUCUUUAGUGAAGACAAAGGAAGUGGAUAUAAAAUAUAAUGGGAAGACACACAAAGCAUUAGUGAUUUAAUCUAAAUGAUUAUCCCUAAAAAGGAAAACACUUAAUUUAAUUUCAAGACCAUUGUUAAUAGGAAUCAUCUUAUUAAACAAUUGAAUCAACAAAUCAAAAAUGUCAAAUUGCAGGAUGCUAAAUACAAUAUAGACGAUUACAUCAUUUACAUAAAGAGAAAUACUAAUAUGAAUGAUGAGUAAAUCACAUUUCUUAGAUUAAUUAAUCAAAUCUACUUAGGAGAUGUUACCAAUAUUGACCAAGGUUUCUUGCGUAUCUACCUAAAGGAAGAAUGCGAGAUGCUAUCCCAACUCUAUAAUUUAUAAAAGAUAGACUUUGUAAUCUAUAGAUACAUACCCAAAUUGUAAAUAAAACAAGAAGAUAAAGAAUUUGAGGAGUUCAACAUCACCUAAAAAACUUCAGAGCAAAAAUUUGAUGAGUCUUCAGCACAAUUUUCAUUAAGUGAUUCCUACUUGAAAACAUCAGAAAGUAGAAAACCCACUUCAGCAAGAGACUCUCUCACUUAUAGUCAAUCGUAAAUCGAGAGUGUCCCUUUAUUAAAGAGACCAAGUGAUUAGCUGAACCGAGUUUCUAAUAAUUCUAUUAAAAAGGAGGAAGAAGAAUUCGUUGAAUUUGGAAUAUCUGACUAAUUGAUGCUCUAGCCACCCUAACUAUUGAAAAAUAAGGAACCAAUUUAAGAAACUGAAGAAGAGUAUUAAGAAAUCUAUUAAGAAGAAUUAUGA